AUGGCGUCGGUGAACCCGUUCAAUCAGAGUGAUUCGGAAGAGGAGAGUGAACGACGACCUAACGAGACCAUUGACACGGAGCGUAGCCCGAGUGACGGGGCGCCGGGGCCGCCGCCGGGCAAUCUCUUUUCCCCGCCCGCCGACGCCGAGCCCCCGACUCUGUUGCUCUCCAGCAACCGGACCAGCCCAAACGGCGACGGCAUCUCGUUCUCUUCCGCGGCCACGGCCGCUAUGACCGGCAACGCGGAGACGCGAGUGUCGGUGGAUGUCAUCGCAGCUCAGCUAUUGCGUGAUCAGUAUAUUCUCACGGCCCUGGAGUUUCACACAGAACUACUGGAAGCUGGUAGGGAGCUCCCGAGGUUGAGGGAUUAUUUCUCCAACCCGGGGAAUUUCGAACGACAGAGCGGCACUCCACCUGCCAAAGAUCAAGCAAUUGGACCCGGUGGACCUUUGAAUCGAGCAGGCAGCAUCAGCACCUUGGACUCAUUGGACUUUGCCCGGUACUCAGAUGACGGCAAUCGAGAAUCAGACGAGCGGGUGGCAGUGCUGGAGUUUGAGCUACGGAAAGCAAAGGAGACCAUUCAGGCUCUGCGCGCCAACUUGACUCAGGCAGCAGAGAAUGAAGUGCCUUCUCAGGAGAGAAAGAACUUCAAGUCAAGCCCUGAAAUUCAGGAGCCGAUACGUCCGCUGGAGAAACGAGCCUUAAACUUCCUUGUGAAUGAAUACCUUUUGAAAAAUGAAUAUAAACUCUCAUCCAUCACCUUCUCGGAUGAAAAUGAUGAUCAGGAUUUUGAACUAUGGGAUGAUGUUGGCCUCAACAUUCCGAAGCCUCCUGACCUGUUGCAGCUCUAUAGAAAUUGCGGCUCUUCUCCUUCUUCGAUGAGAGACACGGUCGAUGUAGGAGUCGGAACAGAUUUUGGUGAUCUUACUGGACACUGUGCCACGCAAGAUCCUCCCAGGAAGCCUGACCUCUCACAACAGCAACAGGCAGAGGUCGUCGAAGAGUUGGAGUACCAAAUCAGCCUACUCAGUAAUGAGAAGGAGAGUCUUGCUGAACAGAUAAAGAAACUUCAGAGUGAGAUUCAGACAAUGAAGCAGACGGUCUCUAACCUGCCUCCUGUCACGCUUGACUGUAGCUCCCAGAAUACUUCUAACACCGCAUCAUUUUGCACUGCCAUAACUUCCUCUGCUGACCCGCACUCUGUGUCCCGUCCAGAUAACGGACAGUACCUAGACGUCCGAGGUGUUUCAGAGCUUCAAAGUGAGCCUCCCGCAACACAGAACACGCCGCAGUCUCACAAUAAACUUAAAAGUCAGCCUCCUGUACAUUUCGACCAGCCAAACAGGAAAUUAUCCCCAGCCUUCCAGCAAGCCCUGUUAUCCUUCUGCAGAAUGUGCUCAGACAGCCGCCUGGGAGCAGAGGUUUCUCGUAUAGCAGAUAGCGAGGAGAGUGUGAUGUUAAUGCUGGGCCGCUGCCUCCCUCAUAUCGUCCCGAAUGUCCUCUUAGCUAAAAGAGAGAGAAUGGUUGCACAUCUUUGCCAGGAGCUGAUCCCUCUUAUCUUAUGUACUGCCUGCCUUCACCCCAAGUCCAAAGAAAGAGACGACCUCCUCCACAUCCUUUUUAACUUAAUCAAGAGACCGGAUGAUGAACAAAGGCAAAUGAUCUUGACUGGAUGUGUUGCGUUUGCGAGGCAUGUGGGUCCAAGAAGAGUUGAGGAGGAGCUUCUUCCUCAGUGCUGGGAACAGAUUAACCACAAAUAUCCAGAGAGGAGACUCCUUGUGGCGGAGUCUUGUGGAGCUUUAGCGCCAUACUUUCCUAAGGAAAUUCGAAGUUCGCUAGUUUUGUCCAUGCUGCAGCAGAUGCUCGCUGAGGACAAGGCUGACAUGGUCCGAGAGGCUGUGGUCAAGAGUCUUGGAAUUAUCAUGGCAUACAUAGAUGAUGCUGAUAAAUACUCCCAGGGCUUUGAGCUGAUGCUUCUGGCACUUGGCGACCCCUCAGAAAGGGUAGUCAGUGCUGUCCAUCAGGUCUUUAUCCCUGCAUUUGCUGCUUGGACGACAGAAUUGGGAACUCUUUACACAUCGCUCAUCCCUUCUCUCUUGGCACGCAUAGAAAAGCUCCUGAUGCAGGGGGAGCAUGGGUUGGAUGAGCACAAGCUGCACGUGUUCCUGUCAGCCCUGCAGAGUUUGAUCCCCCCGCUGUUUGCCGUAGUGCUGCAAAAUGCGCCUUUCACAAGCCGAGCCAAACUGCAUGGAGACAUACCUGCAAUAGAGGUGACCCGCUUCCCCAGGCCGGCGUCUCCCCUCCAGGAUGUGGCCACCAUCAUUGGCAGCAGGGAGAUGCUGAGUGCCCUGCUGCUUCUUUACGACCACCAACUAGAGCACGAAGGGACCACCGGCUGGGAAAGCCUGCUUUGGGUGGUCAACCAGCUGCUUCCUCAGCUCAUUGAGAUUGUGGGCCGCAUCAACGUGACCUCCUCCACCUGCGUUCAUGAGUUCUCUCGCUUCUUUUGGAGGUUCUGUCGAACCUUUGGGAAGAUUUUCACUAACACAAAGGUUAAACCUCAAUUUCAAGAGAUUCUUCGUCUCUCCGAAGAGAAUUUUGAUGCUUCUUCGGGGAAUGUCAUUCUUACCAAAGCCACCGUCCCUAUUUAUGCCACCGGGGUACUGACGUGUUAUAACCAGGAGGAUGAUCGCAAGCUGUUAGUGGGUUUUUUAGAGGAUGUUAUGACAACACUCUCUUUGUCCCAUGCGCCUCUCGACAGCCUAAAGGCUUCUUUUAUCGAGCUGGGUGCCAAUCCUGUGUACCAUGAAUUGCUGCUUACUGUUCUGUGGUAUGGGGUGGUACACACCUCGGCGCUGGUCCGAUGUACAUCAGCACGGAUGUUUGAGCUGCUGGUGAAGGGGGUGAAUGAGACGCUGGUCGCUCAGAGAGUGGUGCCGGCUCUCAUCACACUGUCCUCCGACCCUGAAAUCUCUGUGAGGAUAUCCACAAUUCCUGCCUUUGGUACGAUAAUGGAGACAGUGACACAAAAAGAGCUACAAGAGCGUGUCAAGAUGCAGCUGGCUGCCUUCCUAGAGGACCCUCAGUAUCAAGAUCAGCACUCUUUGCACAUGGAGAUAAUCAGGACGUUCGGACGGGUCGGGCCCAAUGCGGAGCCUCGCUUCAGAGACGAGUUCGUACUGCCGCACCUGCACAAGCUGGCGCAUGCUAACAACAGCCAAGCGGUGGACAACAAGCGGAUCGACAUCGCCACCCAGCUGUUCGAGGCCUACAGCGCCCUCUCCUGCUGUUUCAUUUCUGAGGAGGUGAUGGUCAACCACUUCCUGCCAGGCCUCAGGUGUCUCCGGGCAGACAUGGAGCAGCUUUCCCCAGAGCACGAGGUGAUUCUGAGCUCAAUGGUCAAAGAGUGUGAGAUCAAGGUGGAAAACAGAGGAAUUGGAGAUCCCCAAGGCUCCAUUUCUAUCGCAUCCAGUUUGGUGGGUGAGGACGCCAAGACCAAGUUCCUGAGCAAGAUGGGUCAGCUGACCACGUCGGGCGCCAUGCUGGCCAACGUUUUCCAGAGGAAGAAAUGA